AAGAUUAUUGGCUUUCAAGAUGUUUUUCUACACGAUGAGACCCACUUUUCAUUUUACGAGCUUGUUUGCAAACAAGGGUUCAGGAACACAGUGUUUCGAGCGGCAAGCAACACAUGGAGCAUCUAUUCUCAGCAAUGCAAAUCCGAGCCGUUCUCACAGCCGACGUUUGUGCGUUCCGUUCGCGAGAAAUGUCUCCAACUCCAAUAAGCCUGAUUUUGUUCCUUGAAGCUCUGGAAAUUGGUUGGUCUCUCCGCCAUGUUGAAAUCUCUCUGGUUCUCCCUUGAGUCCUCGACCGUGUUGAAGUUUCCGCUUAUUCUUCGCUCUGGAUUGAGCCUGGUUAAACUUCUCUCAGAACUCAAAGGUCUCCUCCGCACUGAUGAAUGAUGAUGAUCUCUCUCUCUCUCUCUCUCUCUCUUCAUCUUUGCUCUCCAUGAAGUCUGUGACAACACGUGAUGAAGGGGGUCUUGUGCAGGCUGCCAGCUGCGCAGCCGGCACGGACUUUGUCACGUAACUCUUUUAGCGCUUUCCCUUUCCAGCCUUUUUCUCCCACUCUCGUUCACUUGCAUCACUGUCGUCGUCUCCCUCCACCUCCUAUGCCUCCUCCUCCCAUUACAUCACUGAUGUGAACUCCCCUCCUUCCCUUCUCACUCCCUAUCCCACACCCUAUCCCACACCCUAUCCCACCCCCUCCCCACUAGAAGAAGAAGAGGAGAUGGUUACACCGAAGUGGGAGAAAAUGCUCACCAUCUUCCUCUUUCUUCUUCUAUCAUCUACUCUUUCUCUCUCUGCCCCUGCACCUGCCACUACCAAUGCCACCAUCCCCACCAACAAUACGGCAGAUCAAGACUUCUUGUUCCUAAAGAAGUUCAAGCUCGAGGUUGACAGACAUAGCACUCUCAAUUUCUCCACUAAGGUGCCAUUCUGCAAAUGGGAGGGCGUGGAGUGCGACAAGGGGAGAGUAGUCCGCCUCGUCCUGGAGAGCAAGUCCCUCACCGGCGUCUUCGCCCCCGGCAGCCUCGACCGCCUGGACCAGCUGCGCGUCCUUAGCCUGAAGCAGAACUCCCUGAGCGGAAGCAUCCCCGACCUCUCCCGCCUCACCAACCUCAAGACCCUCUUCCUCUGUUACAACGCCUUCUCGGGUCCCUUUCCCCCUUCCCUCUUUUCCCUCCACCGCUUGAGAGUGCUCGACCUGUCUUAUAACAAACUUUCCGGCGUCAUCCCGCCGGAUAUCACCAGCCUUCCCAGGAUCUACUCGCUCCUGCUACAAGGCAACCGCUUUGACGGCUCCCUCCCUCCCCUCAACCAGUCCUCCCUCCAAAUCUUCAAUGUCUCCAACAAUCUCCUUUCCGGCAUCAUUCCGACGACGACCACCCUCUCCAGGUUCAACUCCUCGUCAUUUUUGGGCAACCCUGAGCUGUGUGGACCUACUCUUUCUAAACCCUGCCUAGGGGCUCCGUUUUUCCCAGUCACCUCCCCCGUCCGGGCGCCGGAGUCCAGCUCGCAGAGGCAGACUUCCGAGGGCAAAGUUGAAGAAAAGCGGGAAUUCCGGUCGAGGAAGGCCAGGUUGGUGAUGGGUCUCGUGCUGGCAGGGUUCUUCUUGCUUCUCGGAGCGAUAGUCUUUUUCUUAGUGAGGGGGAAGAAGAGAAAGGAAGCAGCAGAAGGCGAUUCGUCGUCGCGGCUGGCGCCAUCGACGGUGGAGAGCGAGAAGCCGGGUAGGGAGAGCAUCAACAGGGCCCAGCAGAGUGCGGAGAUGGUGAGGAGCGGCAAGCUGGCGUUCUGCGGCGGGGAGGCGCAGGCCUACGCGCUGGAGGAGCUGCUGCGGGCAUCGGCAGAGAUGCUGGGCAGGGGGACGGUGGGGGUCACCUACAAGGCCGUCAUGGAAAGGCAGCUCAUCGUCAGCGUCAAGAGGCUUGACGCCGGCUGCGCGAAGUUGGGGAGGGAAGAGUUCGAACGGCGGAUGGAAGCGCUCGGCGCGCUGCGCCACCCCAACCUGGUGCCGCUGCGGGCGUAUCUUCAGGCCAAGGAGGAAAGGCUUCUCGUCUAUGAGUACCAGCCUAAUGGCAGCCUUUUCUCUCUUAUCCACGGAUCAAGAUCAUCCAGAGCCAAACCUCUACAUUGGACCUCAUGCCUCAAAAUAGCAGAAGAUGUGGCACAAGGGCUCUCCUAUAUUCACUUAGCCUCCAAAUUCUGCCAUGGCAACCUUAAGUCCACCAACGUCCUCCUGGGAGCAGACUUCGAAGCCCGGGUUGCAGAUUAUGGUCUCACCAUCUUCUUGCCAGAGCAUGCUAACAUAGAUGACAGUGUGUACAGACCACCUGAAACAGCUGGCAGGCCUGAUCGGCGUGUCAGCACCAAGGCAGAUAUAUACAGCUAUGGAAUCUUGAUUCUAGAACUCUUGGCUGGGAAGAUGCCGGUCAGAUCAAUCACUGCAUCGAUGGAUCUCAAAAGGUGGGUGAAGGCGGCAAGGAAAGAAGGAUCAGAAGAUUACACUCUAUCAUCUUCGGCCACUACUGACACCACUACCACCACUUCCACGACCGGGAUUGGAAACCAAAAGCUUGACAUGCUUGCAGAGGUAGCAUCUGAGUGUAUCCGCCCGCGGCCGGAUGAGCGACCGACUAUGAGGCAAGUCUUGAGGAUGAUUCAAGAGGUCAAGGAGUUCGAUGAAAUGGAGGAAGUAGAUGUGUACAACUAGAAUGCUGCCUUGAAGAUCUGUGCAUUUUUGUUAGAUUUUCUGCCUUACCAUUGGUUUAUUUCUCAACUCUUUUGUACCUAAAUAAUUUUAGUUCAUAACUGAUGACGGAGUGUAGAUAUUCUUCAUGGUGCUUUUAUGGUUAAUAAACCUUUCAGUUUCAGCAUAAA